UCCAUCCCAUCCGAGAUGGAAUUCGACCCCAACUCCAACCCUCCGUGCUACAAAACCGUGGACGAGGACAUCGUUAUCCAGCAGGACGAUGAGAUCCGCCUGAAGAUUGUGGGGACGCGCGUGGACAAGAACGACAUCUUCGCCAUCGGAUCGCUGAUGGACGAUUACCUCGGUCUGGUCAGCUGAGCGCCGUGGGACAGGAGAAGCUGUGGGGUGGGGGAUGGGGGACAGGGCAGGAUGUGGGCCUCUCUGUGGGCUGUCCCCGUCCCCCCCCCGCUCCGUUCCCAAUAAAUCCGUUAUUUUUUUGGUCA